AUGGCCGGACUGGUCAUGAUGAUCAUAUCAUGGUGGACGUAUGAGGUGGGAGUGUUUCUCAGCGGCUUACUGGGUGAGGUUCAGCUAGGUGCCAUGUCUAUAACCUUCCAGUUACAAGUCCUGUUCUGUAUGUUUCCGGCCGGUGUGUCCGUGGCAGCCAGUAUCCGCGUCGGGCACAAUCUCGGGGCGGGGAAUGCAGAUGGCGCCAAAACGUCUCACUGGACUGCGCAGACGUUUUCAUGGAUGAUCUACCUACUGGCGGGAACUCUGGUUCUAUCUGUGAGAAACUUUCUCCCAUUAAUGUUUUCUCACGACAGUGACGUUAUAGAACUGACGUCCAUAACUAUUGUGGCGCUGGCUGCAGUGAUGUUCAUAGACUCAAUCACAAUAGUCAUCGCUGGAACAUUUGGUGGCUGUGGUCAGCAGUACCUAGGAGCGGUCUGUAACUUUGUGGGCUACAUCUUAAUCACCAUACCCUUAGCGGCAGUGCUCAUGUUCCCCGCUAAAAUGGGAGCUGUGGGCUUUUGGAUGGGUUUAGCGAUAGGGACAGCACCAGUUGCAGUCUUCUACCUCAUAAUAAUGCUGUAUACAGACUGGGGAUCGCAGGUGGAAAAGGCUCAAAAAAGAAUAUCUGUGCCUGGGGACAGCUGUGAAGCUCUGGAUAUCAAAACAGGAGGCAGUGACGUGAAAGAGGCGAUACCAUCACCGGACAUGUGGAUGCCGCCAAUGUCCUCUUCCUACAAGCGCCGUCUGUUGAUUUGUCGGUUGAUCACCGUGUUACUAUCCCUGGCUGUACUCGGCGGUGGAGUGUUCGUCCGAAUCUUUGUCCCUUUGCCACCCAAUGCAUUUAGUAACGAAACUGUGCCCCUUCAUCUGGGCAGCCACAUGAACAAAACGCCACGCUCUUUUAGCUCGCCUGUACGAAGUAAGGAUAGGUCGAAUCGCCGGUCACAUUACAACAAGGGAAGUGGUGCCAAUCGUUUGAUUGCGUUUGAGUUUAUAGUUUCCUACAAGAAACCAAUCUUCCACCCCACAAACUAUGACAGACUAUUCUUACACGAAAUGGUCAUCCUGUGA